AUUAUGGCAUGCAGAUUUUUUUGUAAACCAAACAUCAGAUGUUUUAAGAUAAAUAUGGCCAUUGUCAUACUCUUGGUAGCCUUGAUUUUUGUUUCAAAUUAUGACUUUUUGCAUCAUGAAUGGAAGACACGACAAACAGGAAAAAGAAAAAUUACUGACACUAUUACACCGUGUAUUAGGAAUAUUACAGUACGUGGCUCACCACUAAAGAGAGGAAACUACAUAAAGAGACUGCAUUUUGAUCCGAAUGAAAACAAAGUCAUCGUAUUUUUACACAUCCAAAAAACAGGAGGAUCAACAUUUGACUGGCGACUGGUGAGAACACUAAAUGUGACGCCAAAGUGCAAAUGUAAACUGAAAGCGAAGUCUUGUAGAUGCCUGAACAAUAAAGGAAAUGUGUGGUUAUACAGUGGCCGAUUCUCUACAGGCUGGGUAUGUGGGGUUCAUGCUGAUUGGACCGAACUAACGGAAUGCAUUGAUGUAUAUUUUGACAAACGUGAUAAACUACAUAGGAAUAGAAGUUAUUUAUACAUGACGAUGCUAAGAGAGCCUAUUCAGAGAUAUAUGAGUGAAUGGAAGCAUGUCCAACGCGGUGCUACUUGGGAGAAACAACCCAAGUGUAAUCAUCGCAAAGUCACAGCUAAACAAUUACCAAUGUGUUUUAAUACAAGCUGGAGACAUGUACCUCUUGAUGAUUUCAUAAAUUGUCCACACAACCUUGCUAUAAACAGACAGACUAGAAUGCUAGCCAAUCUAUCAUUGGUUGACUGCUAUAAUACUAGCACAAUAUCAAAACCAGAAAGAGAAAGAAUAAUGCUUGAAAGUGCAAAAAAUAACUUGAAGGAUAUGGCAUAUUUUGGAUUAACAGAGUUUCAGGAACAGAAUCAACGUCUUUUUGAAUUUAAGUUCGCAGUGAAUUUUACAGAUUAUUUUUCUCAGAAAGAAACUAGUAAUGCUCAAAUGGCAACAAAUAAAAUAUCACCUGCACAAUUUGAGAGAAUCAAACAACUAAAUCACCUUGAUAUUGAGUUGUACAAAUAUGCGAAGAAGCUGUAUUUCGAAAGAAUAGAAAAUAUCACAUAA